GGCGCAUGCGUCACGCUGGGCCAGCCGGUGGCGACGCGUGUUUUCUGCGAGACCGUGGUGUGGCAAAGAAAGUUCUGGAAGUUGGUAAAGUGUGAGGUAGUUGUGCAGCUAACAUCACAAGAUGAACUUUAUCCUUGGAGUAAAUUUGGUCUUCUGUCUAAGUGCUUUGUGGAGCAGUACUAUGGUGGGAGAACAAUUGUCGAAACCCUCAUUUCAAGAUAGUCCAAGAAUUAAAGAAAUGAACUUCAGUGAUAUAGUUAACGUAAUCAUGAAAAUUAAUAGACCAUUAGUAAAGGUUAAUGCCUUGCGUGGCAUUAUAAUUGGUGAUUAUCAAGUCCACCCAAAUACAAUUUGUUCGGCUGGCCACAGGAGUUGUUUAUGGCCUCCUUCAGAAGAUAAUAAUAUUUAUAUACCCUAUGCUUUCCAAUCAAAUUAUAAGAGAGCCCAGAGAGCAUUAAUAAUCGCUGCUUUAUCUGAGUUUGAGUCUUUGACAUGUAUCAGGUUUAAAUACAGAUCAAGGGAAGUGACUUAUCUUGCAUUUAUUGAUGGGGUAGGAUGCUGGUCAUAUGUAGGGCCAGGAACAAAAACAGCACAAGAAAUAUCAUUACAAAUACCCUACUGUAUGGAUGUUGGUAUAAUACAACAUCAAUUAAUGCAUGCACUUGGUUUUUAUCAUGAAAGUUCUCGAUCUGAUCGUGAUGACCAUGUGGAAGUAAAAAUGGAGAACGUUGAAAAAGGAUCAGAAAUUAACUUUAAAAUAAAGAAAUCUAAUAACUUGGUGACAAAAUAUGAUUACAAUUCAGUUUUGCAUUUUGGAAGGUAUGCUUUUUCCAAAAGUCCUGGCUUACCAACCAUUGUGCCAAAACUAGAUCCAAAUGUAUAUCUUGGACAAUUGAUGGGACUUUCUGAAACAGAUAUUUUGAAGAUAAACAAGCUAUAUGAGUGUAAAACAUGUGGAAAUCUACUUACUGAAAAUUAUGGAUAUUUCACUUCUCCAAAUUUUCCAAACUUUUAUCCUGAUCACGCCAACUGCAAGUGGAUGAUCCGGGCACCCUGGCAUCAUAAGAUUGUCUUGGAAUUUGACUUCUUUCAUAUCCAGCCAUUUUUAGGUUGCUAUCGGGACAAUUUAAAAAUUUAUGAUGGCUCUACCACUCGUUCACCAGUUCUUAAAGGACCAGUUUGUGGCAAAAUGGCUCCAGCUGUGAUCUCUACCCAUCAUCUAUUAUUAAUUGUAUUUUCCUCAGGCCAUCACAAACACUCUAAGGGAUUCAGUGCUAAAUAUCGAUUUGUUAAAUGUGGGAGAAUGUUAAUUACAUCACCAACCAAAAUUAUUGGUAGAUUUGAGCACAGUGGUUCCAUAAAUCCAAACGAAAGCUCAAACUGUUUUUGGUUAGUUCAGGCACAUAAAGGACAUGAGGUAGUUUUUGAAAUUACAACAUACAACUUCCAGACAUCUGACAACUGUACUUUUGCCUACCUGAAAAUUCAUGAUGUUUCUCAAGCACCUCCAGCUAGUCAAGGAAAAUUCUGUGGAGCAACACCUGUGCCUUUAACUGAGGGCACUGCCCUUUUGCUAGAAUUCAAUCAUCCCGGAGCACAAAUGCAGCCUGGACUGAGAGUUGAUUACAAGUGUGUCAUUCGUCCAUUUGAAAGACAAGGUAGAAGUUCUGUUCGCUGGAAUGCUCAAUGCGAUGCUUUUAUGUUGAGUUGCCUAUCUGUCUCUCCUGACUAUAGAGACCCCUUUUACUGAUGCCAUCCUCUUCAGAUCCCUCCUGAGCCACAGGGCCAGACUCUGUGCCAGGGGCAUGACUUCU